AUGUCCGGAAAUCAUCUUGAGGUUAUGAUCGAUAAUCAUCCAGUACGUGCUCUUGUCGAUUCCGGAGCAUCUUCUUCCAUUAUUUCCGACCAGUUUCGGCAUCAUCUCCGUAAAACUAUGUUCCCGACCAAGGAUAAAGUCUUUCUGAAAGUCGCUGAUGGAACUUAUGUCCAGCCGCUCGGGAAAUGUGUGCUGCGCUUACAGAUCAACGGACGUAUCCAGCCUUUUGAAUUUACGGUAUUGCCGAGUUGUAGUCAUAGCGUCAUUCUUGGAUGGGACUUCCUGGAAGCAACACAAGCCGUAAUAGACUGUGGAAAAUAUGAGUUGACACUCGACGACACACUACUGGAAGUUCCAGAGCGUCAGACGUGGACUCUACAUGCUAUAGACGAUUACACAAUACCUGGACGUUCUAUGGCUAAAAUACUCGUCAACAGUGAUAGUGGAGAUCACAAUACUGACAUGAUCGUUGAUGGAAAUAGAGUCCUGCUGUUAGAAAAAGAACUUGCACUUCCUGCUAGUCAUCACAUUGCGUGA